GUGUGUGUGUGUAUGUAUGUGUGUUGUGUGUGUAUACGUGUGAGCCAGAACGAGGAUAUAUAUAUAUAUGCGUGUGCGUGUGUGUACGCGCACGAGCGGGAACAAGAAGAUAUGCGUGUUAGGCAGAGGUAGAAUGAGCAUCCAUGCGUGCGAGGCAGAGGCAAAAUGAGAAUCUAUGCGUGCGAGGCCGCCCACCUCGGCGCCCUACAGCGCCGCAAGAUCACGUCGGUGGUGACGUCGCUCGACCUCGACAAAACACGCCUCGAUGCCAAGUUCCGGAGCCUUACCUCCUCCGAGCGCCACAAGACCACGUCGGUGGUGACGUUGCUUGACCUCGACAAAGCACGCCUCGACGCCAAGUUCCGGAGCCUUAUCCCUCCGAGCGCCACCUCUCCGUCGACUGCAAGGACACAGCGACGGAGAACCUUGUCGCCCAGCUGCCGCGGAUCUGCAACUUCAUCGAUGAGCAGCUCGCCACCUCCCCGUCGACUGCGAGGACACAACAACGGAGAACCUCCUCACCCAGCUGCCGCGGAUCUGCAAC